AUUUGUUCAUUUCUUUCCUCUUUUCUCUUUUCCUUUUCUUCUCUUCUUUUCUUCUUUCUUUAGUAUUCAUACAUACAGUAAACAAAAUGGGUAAAGAAAAAACUCACGUUAACGUCGUUGUUAUUGGUCACGUCGAUUCUGGUAAAUCUACCACCACCGGUCACUUAAUUUUCAAGUGUGGUGGUAUCGAUAAGAGAACUAUCGAAAAGUUUGAAAAGGAAGCUGCUGAAUUAGGUAAAGGUUCUUUCAAAUACGCUUGGGUCUUAGAUAAACUUAAGGCUGAAAGAGAAAGAGGUAUCACUAUUGAUAUCGCUUUAUGGAAAUUCGAAACUCCAAAAUACCAUGUUACUGUUAUUGAUGCUCCAGGUCACAGAGAUUUCAUCAAGAAUAUGAUUACUGGUACUUCCCAAGCUGAUUGUGCUAUUUUAAUCAUUGCUGGUGGUGUUGGUGAAUUCGAAGCCGGUAUCUCCAAGGAUGGUCAAACCAGAGAACACGCUUUAUUAGCUUACACCUUAGGUGUUAAGCAAUUAAUUGUUGCUGUUAACAAGAUGGACUCUGUUAAAUGGGACAAAGCUAGAUUUGAAGAAAUUAUCAAGGAAACCUCUAACUUCAUCAAGAAGGUUGGUUUCAACCCAAAGACUGUUCCAUUCGUUCCAAUUUCUGGUUGGAAUGGUGACAACAUGAUUGAACCAUCUGCUAACUGUCCAUGGUACAAGGGUUGGGAAAAGGAAACCAAGGCUGGUAAAUCCUCUGGUAAGACUUUAUUAGAAGCUAUUGAUGCUAUUGAACCACCUUCAAGACCAACUGAAAAGCCAUUAAGAUUACCAUUACAAGAUGUUUACAAGAUUGGUGGUAUUGGUACGGUGCCAGUCGGUAGAGUUGAAACCGGUGUCAUUAAGCCAGGUAUGGUUGUUACCUUUGCCCCAGCUGGUGUUACCACUGAAGUUAAGUCCGUUGAAAUGCAUCACGAACAAUUAACUGAAGGUUUACCAGGUGACAAUGUUGGUUUCAACGUUAAGAACGUUUCCGUUAAGGAAAUUAGAAGAGGUAACGUUUGUGGUGACUCCAAGAACGAUCCACCAAAGGCUGCUGAAUCUUUCAAUGCUCAAGUUAUUGUCAUGAACCAUCCAGGUCAAAUCUCUGCUGGUUACUCUCCAGUUUUAGAUUGUCACACUGCCCACAUUGCUUGUAAGUUUGACACUUUAAUUGAAAAGAUUGACAGAAGAACUGGUAAGAAAUUAGAAGAAAACCCUAAAUUCGUCAAGUCCGGUGAUGCUGCUAUUGUUAAGAUGGUUCCAUCUAAGCCAAUGUCUGUUGAAGCUUUCACUGAAUACCCACCAUUAGGUAGAUUCGCUGUUAGAGAUAUGAGACAAACUGUUGCUGUUGGUGUCAUUAAAUCCGUCGAAAAAUCCGACAAGGCUGGUAAGGUCACCAAGGCUGCUCAAAAGGCUGCUAAGAAAUAAGCUGAUUAAAUCUAUUACCUUUUUGUAUUAUUUAAUAUACUAUAAAAUUUUUUAGAUUUAUUUUUACAUUAUUUGUUGGUCAAGCUUUUAUAUAGUCUUUAGUAUAUUUCAUUGUAAUUUUUUUAAUAAAUAUACUGAUUUAAAAA